UAACAACCUCUGGGAGAAAGCGAAGGAGCAAGAAGAGGAAAGAGAGAGAAAAAGUUUGUUUUCUCAGAGACAGCACGAGGCGGAACGAGAGUUAGAAAAAGUGAAGGGAGUGCACAGGGGCAGAGUUGGCGGAGAGGUUUUUAAAAAGCGUAUUUCGGGAAGAGGCUCCGGGUGGCCCGAGCUCCGUCGCCGCGCGGCUCGGAGGCGGCAUGGACAGCCCCAGCGCCCCGGCCGCUGCCCCCGCCGCUCCCUCUGGCGCCUUCGGCAUGGACAAGGCGUUCGGGACGCAGCAGCCCCUGGGCGGCCGACUCCUGGAGCCGGGGGACUGCGCCCAGGCCAGAAAGAACUUCAGCGUCAGCCACCUCUUGGACCUGGAGGAGGUGGCGGCCGCGGGCAGAAACGGAGGUCGCGAGCCCCGGGCCGAGCCCCGGGACGGCAGCCGGGGGCUGCAGGACCCGUCCGGGGGGAGCAGCGGCAGCGAGGCGGCGCCCCAGGACAGUGAGUGCCUCAGCCCCAGUAGAGGGGCUGCCAAAAGGAAGAAGAAGCAGCGGAGAAACCGAACCACCUUCAACAGCAGCCAGCUGCAAGCCCUGGAACGGGUGUUCGAGAGGACACACUAUCCUGAUGCCUUUGUCCGAGAGGAGCUGGCACGGAGGGUCAACCUGAGCGAGGCCCGGGUGCAGGUAUGGUUCCAGAACCGAAGGGCGAAGUUCCGACGAAAUGAGAGAGCCAUGCUGGCCAACAGAUCUGCCUCACUCCUCAAGUCUUAUAGCCAGGAAGCCGCCAUCGAGCAGCCCAUGGCCCCCAGGCCAACAGCCCUGAGUCCAGACUAUCUGUCCUGGACUACCACUUCUCCCUACAGCUCAGCUGCUGGCAGCUCUGGGCAAUCACACCCUCCUGCCAGAGAUGCACCGGCUGAUGGGGGCUCCAGAGCCAGUUGCGGGGGCAGCUCCACGCCUGUACAGAACAUCGAGAUGGGCUUGCCGCACGGUGCCAUCCUACAGCCCCGGGGGGACAGCCACUCCCCCUCAGGGGGUCAACAUGGCCAACAGCAUCGCCAGCCUCCGUCUCAAAGCCAAAGAGUUCAGCCUGCAUCAGAACCAGGUGCCCACAGUGAACUGAACGAUUCCCAGCAGCCCUCAGCCAGGACUAAGCUACCUUUUUCUUAAAAAAAAAAAAAAAAAAAAAAUUAAAGAAAGAAAAAAAACACAAAAAUGUUUUUAAAAGAAAAAAAUGAGAAAAAAGGGAGGAGGGAAGGAAUAGAAAAUGAACCCCCACUCCCCUCUCCACAGUGCCAGAAUGGCUGUGCCUACCCUCAACAGAAAGGCUUGUUAAGAAAGGAGCCUUCAGAGACAUCCAAGGACACUCUCUCCAACCCAAACUCCUCACAUUUGACUGCUGAGGACAGCAGGGCUCAGGCCCAGCCCCUUCCACCCUCUGUCUCUAUUAGCCUCACUCAUGAGCAUCUGAUGCUGUCAGGCCAGGAAGGAGGAGGGGACUUAUGUGAACAGAGUUUCUGUUUGAAAAUCCAAAAGCUUGAGUUCUUAAAUAAAAAAUAAUAUGGAAAUGAAUGGAAAAAAAAAGCAAAAAGGCUAUAAAUAGAACCAAACAGAACCAAAGAUGUUUCAUUUGAGAUGCAGAAUAUGAACUGGUACCAGCUGAUGCUAUUCAAGAUCCAUUUUGGUUCCUGAAACUAGAUGGGAUUUUGGCAUCAAAUGUCCAGCAGCCAAAGUCAGCAUGAACCAGUGGCCAUAGCCAUGCCCCUCUAUGACAUCAUUAUGCCAGCUGGCAUGCCUUGAUCUAUACACAGGCUGAAGUUUGCCUGUUUCCACAGGACAAAUGGUAGAA